CGCUCGCUAGUUCCUCACUACAGCGCCAGCGUACGUUUUUAGAAGUGCUCUCUACCGCUAUCACUUGGUGUUACUCCGACGCUCGGUCCGUCUCUCGGGCACUCCGCCACCUCACAUAAGCACAUGGCUAGUCAGCAUAGUCGGAUUAUUUUGCCUGUCGUCCUCUUGUUGCUGGGUGUAUUGGCUAUUCUCCUGCUGACCAUUCCAACCGAAGAUAUGAAAGAACCGCCGGAUUACAUGUAUGGUGUAGUCCUGGAUGCUGGCUCCUCCCACACUGCUUUGUACAUUUACAAGUGGCCAGCAGACAAGCAGAAUGGUACUGGAAUCGUCACCCAACACAGUGAGUGUCACGCCAAAGGUGGGGGAAUCUCCAGCUAUGCAGGACAACCAGGAGGUGCAGGGCGCAGUCUGGAGGCUUGCUUGGACAAGGCCAUGAAGGACAUCCCAAAGUCCAGACAUCAACUCACACCUGUGUACCUGGGAGCUACGGCUGGUAUGAGGCUGCUGAAUAUGUCCAGUCCAAGGGAUUCAGAUCAGAUCCUGCAGGAAGUGGGUCAAAAAAUCCAGUCCUAUCCAUUUAACUUCCGGGGUGCGUCCAUCUUGACUGGACAAGACGAGGGGGCAUAUGGCUGGGUCACUGUUAACUACCUGCUGGAGAACUUCGUCAAGUACGGCUUCAUUGGGCGCUGGCUGAAUCCGGGAAGGGAGACAGUGGGGGCCCUGGAUUUCGGAGGUGCCUCCACCCAGAUCACCUUUGUGACACAGGACAGAGUAGAGGACAAGGAUAGCAGCAUGACACUGCGCCUAUAUGGACGGGACUACAACCUCUACACUCAUAGUUUCCUGUGCUACGGUCGGGACCAGGUCCUCAGAAGGCUGCUGGCUCACCUGGUGCAGUUCCAGGGCUACGCCAGCUCCAUAUCUCACCCUUGCUAUCCAGAGGGCCACACUGUCAAAAUGACGCUGGAUGAGGUGUUUGAUUCCCCCUGCACGGCGGACAAGAGGCCGUCUCCGUACGAGCCAAAUGCCCCACUGACUGUGCUGGGCUCUGGACACUACUCCCACUGCCUGGGAAACGUGUCCCAGCUCUUCUCCUUUGGCAGCUGCUCCUUCUCCCAGUGCUCCUUUGACAGAGUCUUCCAGCCCAACGUCAGCGGCAGCUUCAUGGCAUUCUCUGCUUUCUUCUACACUCAUUCCUUCCUGAAGCUGGCGACGGGCAUCACUGUGACUACCCCGGCUCUACUGGAGGAGGCGGUCCGUGCUGUCUGCAACAUGAGCUACCAGGAGAUGCUGGCCAAAGCCCCGGGGCAGGAGUCUCGCCUGAAAGAUUACUGCUCCGUUGCCGUGUUUGUCCAGGUGAUCCUGCUUCAAGGGUACAGGUUCGAUGAGCAGUCCUUCCAGCACAUCUCUUUCCAGGGCAAGGCAGGGGGCACGUCCGUCGGCUGGGCUCUGGGGUACAUGCUCAGCCUGAGCAGCCUGUUGCCUAGCGAGAGCGUCGAACUGAGGAAGGCCCUCCGCCCGGGCGCCUGGGGCGUCCUGCUCUUCCUCUGUGUUCUCCUCAUCAUCGCCCCUCUGGUGUACCUCAUCGUGCACAACACCCGGGGAAAGAAGACUGAUGAGAAUGGGAUAUAGAGAGGGAUGGAUCCCAAAUCCCGCUCUGGCCCUGCUCACAGGAUCUAAGCCACAGCUACACCAGCAGCAGUAACCAGGCCUGGCUUUUUGAUCCAAAGAAUUUCCUCAUCAACAACGAGGGCAGUCACAUGUGUGUCAGGAAUUGAUAAAAUCCCC